AUGCUAGGUAAAAAAUCUGGAGUCACAAAACAAAUUCAAGAUAUCCAACCAAAGGCAUUCCCUACACACUGUCAUGCUCACUCAUUAAGCCUGGGUGUCAAAGAUACAGUAAAGGCUUGCAAAGUUCUGUCUGACACUAUGGACACUUCGAAAGAAAUUGUAACACUGAUCAAAUACUCCCCAAAGAGGGAAACAAUGUUGGGUGAAGAGAAAGAUAAUAUAGAAAAUGAAUUAGUUAAUGAUGAACACGAAGAUCCAGGUAUUGUAACUUUUUGCCCAACAAGAUGGACAGUAACAGCGAAUUGUUAUAAAAGAAUUCUAGAUAACUACGAGCCUUUGCUGAACGUGUGGGAUAAAUCUCUUCGUACUAAUUUGAAGCCUGACCUGAAAGCACGUAUUAUUGGAUGUCAGACGCAAAUGCAAACAUUUACUUACUUUUUUGGUCUUAAUUUGGGUCAGCGCCUUUUUGCCCACACAGACAACCUUGCAAAGUCACUACAAUCACCUGGCCUUUCAGCCACAGAUGGGCAGAAUUUGGCUCGUCUCACAGUCAGCACCCUACGAAGUAUACGAGAUGAUCAAUCGUUUCAGUUACUAUAUGAAAACAUACUUCUUAACGCCCAACAACGUCCCUCAGUAGGUGAACCCACUUUGCCUAGAAAGAGGCGUGCACCUACUCGCUAUGAAACAGGUUAUUCUGAACACACAUAUCCUGAUACAGCUCAAGAUCACUAUCGAAGAAUCUWCUUUGAGGUAAUUGAUCACUUGGUGAAUGCUAUCGAAGAACGGUUCAAUCAACCCGCUUUCCUGAUCUAUCAUAACUUAGAAGAUCUGCUGUUGAAGACCAUUAAAGGAGAAGACACCUCUACAGAAAUGCAAACUGUAUUAUCAACCUUCACAACAGAUAUAUCUCAAGCAGUACUUGAAGCUCAACUGGCAACAUUUAAGGUCAUAAUGGACGACCAGAUGAAGUGUUUUAGCGACAUUUUAGAAAAAGUAAAGUCGCUGAAUGACCAUGAACKGUGCUUUAUCAACCAGGUAGUAACACUGUGUAAAAUAAUGCUCGUAAGCCCMGCUACAAGUGCAACAGCAGAACGAUCAUUUUCCACUGCAAGGCGUUUAAAAACAUGGCUGCGUUCACAGAUGCAGCAGUCAAGAUUCAACGAUGUGUCCAUCCUAAAUACACACAAGAACAGAUUAGAUGACCUCUCUCUCGUGGAUAUUGCCAAUCAGUUUAUUUCCCUUAAUGAAAAUCGUAAGAGGAAUUUCGGAAAAAUGUCUCGCGCAGACUUCUAG